AUGAGCGGCCUACGGUUCCUCGACCUUGUCAAACCCUUCGUCCCCCUCGUCCCGGAGAUCCAGCUACCGGAGAGCAAGGUUCCCUUCAACAACCGGCUGGUAUGGACGGGUCUCACGCUCCUCGUCUUCCUGGUCAUGAGCCAGAUGCCGCUCUACGGCAUUGUCUCCUCAGACACGUCCGAUCCGCUAUACUGGCUGCGUAUGAUGAUGGCGAGUAACCGAGGAACGCUGAUGGAGCUGGGUAUAACGCCAAUCAUCUCGUCGGGCAUGGUUUUCCAGCUCCUCGCUGGCACUCACCUCAUUGAUGUCAACCUGGACCUGAAGUCGGACCGCGAGCUCUACCAGACCGCGCAGAAGCUCCUCGCCAUCCUCCUCUCCUUCGGUCAGGCCGUCGUCUAUGUCAUCUCCGGUCUCUAUGGCCAACCGUCCGACCUCGGCGCCGGUAUCUGCGUGCUCCUCGUCAUCCAGCUGAUAAUCGCCGGUUUGAUCGUCAUUCUCCUCGACGAGCUCCUCCAGAAGGGCUAUGGUCUUGGUAGCGGUAUCUCUCUAUUCAUCGCGACUAAUAUCUGCGAGUCCAUCAUGUGGAAGGCCUUCUCCCCGACCACCAUUAACACCGGUCGUGGCCCCGAAUUCGAGGGUGCCAUCAUUGCCCUUGUGCAUCUGCUGUUCACCUGGCCGAACAAGACUAUUGCUCUUCGCGAGGCUUUCUACCGCCAGAAUCUCCCCAACGUAAUGAACUUGCUGGCCACCGUCGUCGUGUUUGGCGCCGUCAUCUACCUCCAGGGCUUCCGCGUCGAGAUCCCGGUCAAGUCUGCCCGCCAGCGUGGUGUCCGCGGCUCGUACCCCGUCCGUCUUUUCUACACCUCCAACAUGCCCAUCAUGCUGCAGUCGGCUCUCUCCUCCAACGUCUUCCUGAUCAGCCAGAUGCUGUUCUCCCGCUUCUCGGACAACCUCCUGGUCCGCCUCCUCGGUGUCUGGGAGCCGCGUGAGGGAUCUGCCCAGCUGUUCGCUACCUCUGGCAUUGCCUACUACAUGUCCCCACCUCUCAGCAUCACUGAGGCUCUCUCCGACCCGCUUAAGACCGCUAUCUUCAUCGUCUACAUGCUCGUCGCCUGCGCCGUCUUCUCCAAGACCUGGAUCGAAGUCUCCGGCUCCUCUCCGCGCGAUGUCGCCAAGCAGCUCAAGGAACAAGGUCUUGUGAUGGCUGGUCACCGCGAGGAGUCCAUGUACAAGGAAUUGAAGCGCGUUAUCCCUACGGCUGCAGCUUUCGGUGGUGCUUGCAUCGGUGCUCUCUCCGUUGGUAGCGAUCUCCUCGGCGCUCUAGGCAGUGGAACUGGAAUCUUGCUGGCUGUCACUAUCAUCUACGGAUACUUUGAAAUUGCGGCCAAGGAGGGCGACAUGGCCGGUCUCAAGGGCAUGGUCAUGGGCUAA